GGCACGAGGAUUCGGCGUUCCAACCCAGCGGGAAAAUGCGGCCUCUGACUGAAGAGGAGACCCGCGUAAUGUUUGAGAAGAUAGCAAAAUACAUCGGGGCGAAUCUUCAGCUGCUGGUCGACAGGCCCGACUGCACCUACUGUUUCAGGCUGCACAACGACCGGGUGUACUACGUGAGCGAGAAGAUUUUGAAGUUGGCCGCCAAUAUCUCCGGUGACAAGCUGGUGUCGCUGGGGACGUGCUUCGGAAAAUUCACUAAGACCCACAAGUUUCGGUUGCACAUCACCGCUCUGGAUUACUUAGCACCCUAUGCCAAGUAUAAAGUGUGGAUAAAACCAGGAGCAGAGCAAUCCUUUCUGUAUGGGAACCAUGUGCUGAAAUCUGGACUUGGUGGAAUCAGUGAAAAUACUUCUCAGUACCAGGGAGUUGUGGUGUACUCCAUGGCAGACAUCCCUUUGGGUUUUGGGGUGGCAGCAAAGUCUACACAAGACUGCAGGAAAGUAGACCCCAUGGCGAUUGUGGUAUUUCAUCAAGCAGACAUUGGGGAAUAUGUGCGGCAUGAAGAGACAUUGACUUAAAACGAAAUCAUCGCGAGGACUUGUGGCUGUGUGGAAGGGCCUAGCUUUGUUUCCUCUGUCUGUGUAGGCUCCACCAUCAUGUUGAAUUUUGUCAACACUGUGACCUCUUCAGGGACUUCUUAGUUUAAUAUUCUCUCUAUUAUGGACAAA